AGAGAGAGAGAGAGAGAGUCUCCUCCAUGUUGUAGGUGAAACUCCUCCUUUUUUCCUCUUCAUAUCAGUUGGAAGUGAAAGUGAAAGUCAGCAGGUUGUUUUAGUGAAGAGUAAAAACAGGAAGUUCUUUGUGGAAUAAAAUCACAGAUCCAGUUAUGUUUAUAAUAUAAAACAUUUGACUUUUUGUUAUAAUGUCUCGGGAGUGUGAGAAACUCCAGACCUCUGAAAUGAGUCUACAAGAGGAGAAGCACAAGAGUGGUUUUGAGAAAAGGCCAGACUUCCCUGUGUCCAGCUGUGUGUCUCUCAAGAGUGACCAUUCAAUGGGAAUCCCUCUCAACUUUACAGGUGGAACAUCCUCUAUGGAAAGUGGAUCCGACAAAAGGCCAGACUCCCCUGUGUCCAGCUGUGUGUCUCUCAAGAGCGACAAAUCAAUGGGAAACCCUAUCAACUUUACAGCUGGAACAUCCUCUAUGGAAAGAACCCAAAAAGAGAAUUCAAAAAUCAACUGCAUAAAUCGGAUGGAGUCCAUAUUCAAGGAACUGGAGCACAAAGUCAUCACACUGUUGAAGAAUGAGCUGAACAGGUUCAAGAAGGUACUUAGUGCUGAUUAUCCAGCAUGCUCUGAGAGUGGGAAAAAAGAGGCAGAGGAAGACUAUCUGCACUGUGUUAGAGAGGGUGUGCUGAAGAUCACACUUCACAUCCUGAAGAACAUGAAGCAGAAAGAUCUCGCUCACACACUGCAGAUCAAGAUGGCCUCUGUGUAUCAGCAUAAUCUCAAAUCUGGACUUCUAAAUAAAUGUAAAAGAAUUAAUGAAGGAAUCUCACAGCAUGGGACAUCAACACUUCUGAAUCAGAUCUACACAGAGCUCUACAUCACAGAGAGUUGGAGUGGAGACAUCAAUAAUGAACAUGAAGUGAGACAGAUUGAGACAGCGUCCAGGAGACCAGCAACAGAGGAGACACCCAUCAAAUGUAAUGAGCUCUUUAAACACAAGUCCAUCAAAACUGUGCUGACUAAAGGAGUAGCUGGAAUUGGAAAAACAGUCUCUGUGCAGAAGUUCAUUCUGGACUGGGCUGAAGGGAAAGCAAAUCAGAACAUCCUCUUCCUGUUUCCACUUCCCUUUAGAGAACUGAAUUUGGUGAAACAGGAAACCUUCAGUCUGAUGAGCCUUAUUUAUCAGUUUUUCCCAGGAAUGAAGGACCUGGAAGUAAUAGACAGCAAUUUCUACAAAGUCCUGUUCAUCUUUGAUGGUCUGGAUGAGUGUCGACUUCCUCUAAAUUUCCAGAACAAUGAGAUGUUGAGUGAUGUGACAGAGUCAGUCUCACUGGAUGUUCUGCUAACAAACCUCAUCAAGGGGAAUCUGCUUCCCUCUGCUCUCCUCUGGAUAACCACUCGACCAGGAGCAGCCAAUCAGAUCCCUCCUGAGUGUGUAGACCAAGUAACAGAGGUACGAGGGUUCAAUGAUCCUCAGAAAGAGGAGUACUUCAGGAAUAGGCUCAGUGAUGAGAUCCUGGCCAAUAAAAUCAUCACACACAUGAAGUCUUCAAGAAGCCUCUACAUCAUGUGCCACAUCCCAGUCUUCUGCUGGAUCUCAGCCACUGUUCUAGAGAGAAUGUUGGGUGAAGCAGAGAGUGGAGAGAUCCCCAAGACUCUGACUCAAAUGUUCACACACUUCCUGAUCUUUCAGAUCAAACACAAGGAGCAAAAGUACAGUCAGAAAUAUGACCCUGAUCCACAGAAGACCAGAGAGAGUAUCCUGGCUUUGGGAAAACUGGCUUUCCAACAGCUGGAUAAAGGAAACCUGAUGUUCUAUGAGGAAGACCUGAGAGAGUGUGGCAUUGAUGUUGGAGAAGUGGCAGUGUACUCAGGAGUGUGUACCCAAAUCUUCAGAGCAGAGUCUGGACUCCACCUGGGGAAGAUGUUCAGCUUUGUACAUCUGAGUGUUCAGGAGUUUUUGGCUGCAUUAUAUGCGUUUCUCUGCUUCAUUGACAAAAAACAAACAAAAGAACAAACCACUGAUCUGUCUGGUCUUUUCAACACAUCAGAAAUGUUGGACUUCCUCAAGGGUGUAGUGGACCAGGCCUUACAGAGUGACAAUGGACACUUGGAUCUUUUCCUCCGUUUUCUUCUGGGCCUCUCAGUGGAGUCUAAUCAGAAGCUCAUUCGAGGUCUACUGACACACACAGGAAGCAGCUCUGACUGCCGAAAGAACAUAGUUAAAUACAUCAAGUUAAAGUUUGAACAAAAUCCAUCUCCAGAGAGAUUAAUCAAUCUGUUCUACUGUCUGAACGAGUUAAAUGAUGAUUCACUGGUGAAAGAGAUCCAAAGCUACAUGAACUCAGGUCGUCUCUCUGAAGCUGAACUCUCACCUGCUCAGUGGUCUGCUCUGGUCUUUGUGUUGCUGACCUCAGAGGAGAAUCUGGAAGUGUUUGACCUACAGAAGUUUAUAAGAUCAGAUGAAUGCUUUAAGAGACUGUUACCAGUCGUCCAGCAAGCUACAACAGUUCUACUCAGUGAGUGUAACCUGACAGAGAGAAGCUGCUCGAUUUUACAUACAGUUCUCAGCUCAGAAUCCUCCAAGCUGACUGAGGUGGAUCUGAGCAGUAAUCCUCUGGAGGACUCAGGAGUGAAGCUGCUUUGUGCUGGACUGAAGAGUCCAAACUGUAAACUGGAGAAACUCAGACUUUCAGACUGCAGUAUAACAGAGGAAGGAUACACUGCUCUGGCUGAAGCUCUGAAAUCAUCUCACCUGAUAGAGCUGGAUCUCAGAGGGAACGACCCUGGAGCAUCAGGAGUGAAGCUGCUCACUGAUUUACUACAGGAUCCAGACUGUACACUGAACACACUGAGGUUGUUGAAAAGUUCUGCUGCACAGGAAGGCUGUGAUUUACUUUCUAGAGUUCUGGGAGUGAACCCCUUACUGCAGAGAGAACUCAAUGUGAGUGAGAAAAUAUCUGGAGACUCCCAGGUGAAGCAGCUCUCUGCUCUACUGGAGGAUUCACACUGCAGACCAGAGAUACUCAAGGUAAAUAACAGCAGGAUGACAAAUGAAGGUUGUGCUGCUCUGGCAUCAGCUCUGGGUUUAAACCCCUCACACCUGAGAGAACUGGAGCUGAGUGGGAAUAAACUGGGAGGAUCAGGAAUGAAGGAGCUCUGUGGUGUGCUGAAGAAUCAACAAUUCAAACUGCUGAAACUGGGGUUGUGUAAUUGCAGUCUCACUGAAGAUGACUGUACUGCUGUUGUAUCAGCUCUGAGAACAAACCCCUCACACCUCAAGGAGCUGGACCUGAGUCACAAUACAAUUGGAGACACAGGAAUGAAGCAGAUUUCUGAUCUACUGCAGAACUCAAACUGCACUCUGGAGAAACUGAAACUAAAUAACUGUAGUCUCACACAAACACAAUGUGGUGAUCUGGCUAAAGCUCUGGAAUCAAACUCCUCAUCAUCUCUGAAAGAGCUGGAUCUCAGAGGAAACUACAGGGUGUCAGACUGGAACAUUUUUAGAUAUUUUCUAGGGAAUCUAAACUCUAGAUUAAUUUUGAGGUUGUUGAAAAGUUCUGCUGCACAGGAAGGCUGUGAUUUACUUUCUAGAGUUCUGGGAGUGAACCCCUUACUACAGAGAGAACUCAAUGUGAGUGAGAAAAUAUCUGGAGACUCCCAGGUGAAGCAGCUCUCUGCUCUACUGGAGGAUUCACACUGCAGACCAGAGAUACUCAAGGUAAAUAACAGCAGGAUGACAAAUGAAGGUUGUGCUGCUCUGGCAUCAGCUCUGGGUUUAAACCCCUCACACCUGAGAGAACUGGAGCUGAGUGGGAAUAAACUGGGAGGAUCAGGAAUGAAGGAGCUCUGUGGUGUGCUGAAGAAUCAACAAUUCAAACUGCUGAAACUGGGGUUGUGUAAUUGCAGUCUCACUGAAGAUGACUGUACUGCUGUUGUAUCAGCUCUGAGAACAAACCCCUCACACCUCAAGGAGCUGGACCUGAGUCACAAUACAAUUGGAGACACAGGAAUGAAGCAGAUUUCUGAUCUACUGCAGAACUCAAACUGCACUCUGGAGAAACUGAAACUAAAUAACUGUAGUCUCACACAAACACAAUGUGGUGAUCUGGCUAAAGCUCUGGAAUCAAACUCCUCAUCAUCUCUGAAAGAGCUGGAUCUCAGAGGAAACUACAGGGUGUCAGACUGGAACAUUUUUAGAUAUUUUCUAGGGAAUCUAAACUCUAGAUUAAUUUUGAGAAUUUUGAGUCCUGAAGCAGAAGAGGCCUGUGAUUAUCUGACUAAAGUUCUGGGUACAAACCCCUUACUGCAGAGAGAACUGGAUCUGAGUGGGAAAAUAUCUGGAGACUCAGGAGUGAAGCAGCUCUCUGUUCUACUGAAGGAUCCACAGUGUAGACCUCAGAGACUCAGGCUGAAUAAGAGCAGUAUUACACACAGAGGCUGUACUGAUCUGAUAUCAGCUCUUACUUCAAACCCUUCACACCUGACAGAACUGGACCUGAGUGAGAACACACUGGGAAAUUCAGUAAUGGAUAAGAUCUCUACUCUACUAAAGAAUUCAUCCUGUAAACUCCAGAAGCUUGUACUUUCAGACUGUAAUAUAACAGAGGAAGGAUACACUGCUCUGAUUAAAGCUCUGAAGUCGAACCACUCAUCACUCCUGAUAGAGCUGGACCUCAGAGGGAACGACCCUGGAGCAUCUGGACUGAAGGAGCUUAGGAAUAUUAUGAAUGAUAAAAAAUGUAAACUGAAGACACUGAGGGUGUUGAAAAGUCCUGAUGCACAGAAAGCUUCUGAUCAUCUGACUGAAGUUCUGGGUAUAAACCCGAUACUGCAGACGGAUCUGAAUCUGAGUGGGAAAAUACAAGGAGACUCAGGAGUAGAGCAGCUCUCUGUUUUACUGAAGGAUCCACACUGCAGACCUGAAACACUUCAGUAAGAAACUAAGUUCUUU